CUCUCUCUCUCUCUCUCUCUCUCUCUCUCUACAGCGUUCGUUCGUUUUGUUCGGAGGCAGCGAAGCUUCUAGCGGCUAGGGUUAGGGUUUCGGAGUUGCGGGAUCUCCCGAUCCUCCGAUCGAGGACGAAGCGAGGCGAAGGGGAGAGCGCAGAGCGAUGUGGCACGAGGCGCGGCGAUCGGAGAGGAAGGUGCACGACCUGAUGGACGCGGCGCGGAAGCGGGCGCAGCGCCGCGCGAUCUACCUCGCGAAGCGCCGCGGCGAUCCGCAGCAGUCGCUCCAGGUCGUCGGAUCGCGGUGCCGCGUCCACCGCGAUGAUGGGCUCUACCAGGCCACGCAGGAUCAGCAGGGCCUGAUACCGUGGAAUGGAAAGGAAGAUAUUUUGAUUGACAGAUUUGACGGCCGUGCUCUGCUUGAUUUCAUUCGCGAUUCUGGUAGUCGAACUUUCCGUGCUCAACAGAAGACUGGUGAAGAGGAAGAAGUUGAGGAGUUUGUUAAUUUUGAGCGUUAUCGGGAUUUGAUUAAGCAUCGGCGAAGAGGAUUUACUGAUGAGGAGGGUUUGCAGCAUGUUCAUCAAGAGUUGGAGGCGAAGUCCGUAAUUUCCUUGAAUUUUGAGAGACCACAUUCAUCACAACCUCCGGUGAAUAAAGGUUCAUACUCACAAGUUGGAUUCUCAUACAACGGAGACAGUAAUGAAGACUCUCAGAAUGUAGAUGGUGAUGAUGAGGACGAAGACGAUGAAGAUGAAGAUGAUGACGAUGAUGAGAAAGAUUUCAGUAGUGAUGAUAGUAACGAUGAACGAAUGGAAACAAUUGCAAAAGAGUUUGGUGUCAAGAGAUAUAACUGGCUUGUUUAUAUGGACAAGAAGGCCAAAGAGGAAGAGAAACGGCAGAAGGAAAUCAUCAAAGGGGAUCCUGCUAUUAGAAAAUUGAGUCGCAAGGAAAGGAGGAAAGCUUCUCAGAUGGAAAGGGAAAGAGAGCGGGAAGCAGCACGUUCGGUUGGAAGGGCGCCGCAUCAUGAUCCCUACCGGGAACAAAGGCGAAGUCCUACUUAUGAAGCUUAUCCUAGGAGUAGAAGAUCAAGAUCCAGGUCAAGAUCACGUACGCCUGCACGUUCAAGAAGACACGAUUAUGGCUCGCAUGCCGAUAAUGGUUAUCGAAGCAAGUCAAAGCCUCCCAAGAUUGAAUAUAUCACAGAAUUUGCAGUUUCAAUUGGCAAUGAUGAUCCAAAAAUGGAAGCAAUCUCUCCACCAUCAUCUCCAGUGCAAGCUGAUCCUCUCAACCGGCCAUCAGGUGGUCGAAUCCUUGAAGCACUUCACACUGAUCCUGCAUCUUCUUUGUCCCUUGAGCAGGAAAAGAGUAUUAAAUUAUCAAAACCAUCAGUCAGUUCAUCAUCAGCACUAGCAAAACUGAGACAGACUGCUACUGGAGGGUCUGCUAAAACUCCACAGAGUGAGAAGAAAGAAACGCCUCAGGAGCGCCUUAAACGGAUAAUGAGUAAACAACUGAACAAGCAGAUUAAAAAGGAUACUGCUGCUGAGUUGGCGAAAAAGCGGGAGCAGGAACGGCAAAGGCAGGAGAAGCUUGCUGAAACGAGUAGAUUAAGUCGCUACAGCCGUCGUAGCUAUAGCAGAAGCCCAAGCAGGUCUCCACCAAGAAGGCAUCAUCGGCGUAGUAGAAGCCGUAGUAGGAGCAGGACCCCCCCGAGAUAUCGAUCACGAUCCCGUUCACACUCGCAUUCUCGCUCUCGUUCUCCAAGGUAUAGAAGCCGAUCUAGAUACUGAGAUAUUGCAAGCAUAUGGACUUUUGUUUUCUUUCUUUUGUUUUGUUUUCUUUUCUUUCUUGUGUUAAGCCCUACAAUUUGAUGCAUUCAGUGCUGUAUCUGAUUUUACUAACUAUUUGUGUAAUGGAAUUAUGGCGUUGUAUUACUUGGUCCAUAAAUUGUUGCACUUGUUGCUCGGCCUCGCGAUUCUAUAAA